AUGGAUAAGAGUUUCGUCACCCUGGAUCUGUUUCCGUAUGACAAGCCACAUGACCCCAAGGUUGCUUGUGGACCAACAGCCAAUAAGCAAGCCGAAGAGAAAAUAAACCUGGCGAGGAUGAGGUUUAUGACCGACAUUCUGAGGUAUCUCCCUGUGUUUGAAGUACUCGAAGAAGGCCCUGGCUUAACAGUCGACGUGUAUGAUGACGACACUUCUACUAUGCACAUCGUGGUUCUUAUGAAAUGGCCCGACUAUCCAAGCUAUAUUCUCCUCAAUGGAUGGCAUAAAGAUUUUGUGGUGAGAAGAGCUUUGAAGGCAGGCGAUGUGGUUGGAAUAUAUUGGGAUCCUUAUGGUUCUAAGCUUCAUUUUUGUGUUCUUUCUCGUCCGACGAUAAAAGCUAGCUCAGUUUCCGUACCAAUGGGUUCAGCAUCAUUUACUCCUCGUCCUGCAGGUCCAUAG